CUUGAUGAGAAUUAAAGCCAAUGCCCUGUGAAUCUUGGGGGAGCAAGGUCUUUGUUAUUAUUUUCAGAAGAAGAAAUAACUGGCUGAGGUCCAACAGACGUAUGGUUAUUCUCAUAGAAAGAGUGUUGGCACCCUGAACCUUUGAUCUCCUCUUGACCGAUUGGUGGAGGAAGCUGCCCACCUGCCCUGCAAAUCACAGUGAGCGGCUGCAGGUGCUGACUCUGGUUUGUCUGUGAAUUGCACUGUGAGGUGAACCAUGAUGUCAUGCUGGCUGGGGAAUCAGGUGGCUAAAAUCCUAUGGAGGACAUCAGUGGGAAGUGCAGAAACCUCACACUGGGACAUCAAUGGGACAAAUCCAAUUCUGUCCCUCUUACCCUGAAGUUAAACAGGAAUCACUCACUGAGCCAUGAACAGUCUUCACCUCACAAAACGGUGAUAUGACCCAGAUUGGAGCCCUGAGAUCACAUGAAGCUGUGGGUGGAGACUCAUCUGAUAGUCCUGGAAAACCCUCUCAGCCCAAGGACCAUGAGUAACCAGACCCUGGUAACAGAGUUUAUCCUGCAGGGCUUUUCAGAGCACCCAGAAUACCAGGUGCUCUUAUUCAUCUGUUUCCUCUCCCUUUACUCUGUGGCCCUCACAGGUAAUGUCCUCAUCAUUUUGGCCAUCACCUUCAACCCUGGGCUCCACACCCCCAUGUACUUUUUCCUGUUCAACUUGGCUACUAUGGACAUUAUCUGCACCUCUUCCAUCAUGCCCAAGGCCCUGGAAGGUCUGGUGUCAGAGGAAAGCUCCAUUUCCUAUGGAGGCUGUAUGGCCCAGCUCUAUUUUCUCACGUGGGCUGCAUCUUCUGAGCUGCUCCUGCUCACGGUCAUGGCCUAUGACCGGUAUGCAGCCAUUUGCCACCCCCUGCAUUAUAGCACCAUGAUGAGCAGGGCGUUCUGCAGCAUGCUGGCUGCAGGUGUGUGGGUACUCUGCGCCUUCAACACAGCCAUCCACACGGGGCUGAUGCUGCGCUUGAAUUUCUGUGGCCCUAAUGUUGUUACUCACUUCUUCUGUGAGAUCCCUCCUCUGCUGCUUCUCUCCUGUAGCUCCACCUAUGUGAACAGUGUCAUGAUUGUCCUGGCUGACGCCUUUUACGGCAUAUUGAACUUCCUCCUGACCAUCGUGUCCUAUGGCUUCAUCAUCUCCAGCAUCCUGAAAAUGCGCACUGCGGAGGGGAAGCAGAAAGCCUUCUCCACCUGCUCGUCCCACCUAACUGUGGUGUGCAUGUAUUACACUGCUGUCUUCUAUGCCUAUAUAAGCCCCGUCUCCAGCUACAGUGCAGAAAAGAGCAAGUUGGCUGGCGUGCUGUACACCAUGUUGAGUCCUACCCUCAACCCCCUCAUUUAUACUUUGAGAAACAAGGAGGUCAAGGCAGCCCUCAGGAAGCUUUUUCCUUACUUCAGAAAUUAAUUUGUGGGAAUUAACCUUUCUGUGAGGGGUCUGAUUAUCAAGUUUCUGGUCUGGAA